GAGACCUAAUUCCAUAUGAGGCAUGGGUCAGGAAUUCCUAUGUUUUGGAAAGAGGAUUAUUAAAAGUUCCUGAACACUAUGGGAUAAUUAGUACCUAACAGUCAGUGAUUUUCAUUCCUUGUUUAUAAAAUGAAGGUAUCCAUAUCUUCAUUAUUUGUUAGAGAAGCCAGGACCUCCUAUAUCUUGACCCUGGUAAAGGAGAAACCUCCCCCUAUUUCUCUUGGAACACACUUCAUGUUCAUAUUGAUUGGACUGGGUUUGCUCCCAGAUGAAGGGUUUAGGAUUUAUGACAGGUGGGUCUGGGAAUUGUCAUCAAGCUUGGGUGUGAAGACAUCUAUCUCUUUUCUCAGCUUUGCUCACAUACUGCUUGUCUGGUUGUGAGUGAAAAUCCAAAGGAAGACAGUUGUCAGCUGAGCUAUUAACAAUGCAACCACAGGAGUUGAUGUCCUUCAAAGAUGUAGCUGUAGACUUCACCCAGGAGGAGUGGGCUUUGCUAGACACAUCCCAGAGAAAUCUGUUCAGAGAAGUGAUGCUGGAGAAUAUCAAUCAUCUGGUCUCAGUGGGAUGUCAGGUCUGCAAAUCAGAUGUGUUUUCCAAGUUGGCACAGGGAGAGGCGAUUUGGAGAGAAGGAAUGGAAUUUCUCCAAAACCAGAAUCCAUGCAUGAAAAUUGCCUGUAAAAAGCAAGAGAUGAUAUUAAUGCAACUUAUCUCCAGGAAUGACAAUUCUGAGGACAUUUCAUUGCAGAUACCUCACACUCAGAAGAAUUCCUUUAAAUGUAAUUAUAUGCAAGAAGAUUCCACCCUCAGAUCCACAGUAACUCAACAUGCAUUAAUUCCCAUGAGAAAGAAACCAUAUUUAAGCAAACCACUUGGGAAAGUCCUCAGUGACAAGUCAUCUUUUAAUCAACAUAAGCAGAUUCACACUGGAAGUAAAUCCUAUGAGUGCCAUCGAAAUGCUAAAGCCUUUAUUAAAAGUGCUGCCCACAGACAAUACAACAGAACUCAAACUGGAGAUAAACCAUACAAAUGCCUUCUCUGUGGGAAAGCAUUCAUUAGAUUUAUUGACUUUAGACAACAUGAGAGAACACUCACUGGAGAGAAACACGAUGAAUGUAACCUAUCUGGAAAAGCCUUCAGUCAAACUUCUAAUCUUCAACAAAAUGAGGGAAAUCACUCUGGAGACAAACCCUAUGAAUGCAAUACAUGUGGGGAAGCCUUCAUUGAUUGUUCUGCCCUUAGACAACAUGAGAGAACACACACUGGAAAGAAACCCUAUGAAUGCCAUCUAUGUAGGAAAACCUUCAGCCAAUAUUCUCAUCUUAGACACCAUGAAAGAACACACACUGGAGAGAAGCCUUAUGAAUGCCAUGUAUGUGGGAAAGCCUUCAGUCAAUUUUAUUAUCUUAGACAUCAUGAGAGAACACACACUGGAGAGGAAUGCCCUGAAUGUCAUCUAUGUGGAAAAACCUUCAGUCAUUAUUCUUAUCUUAGCCAACACGGGAGAACACACACUGGAGAGAAACCCUAUGAAUGUCAUACAUGUGGGAAAGCCUUCAUUGGCUGUUCUGCCCUCAGACGACAUGAGAGAACUCACACUGGAGAGAAACCCCAUGAAUGCCAUCUAUGUGGGAAAACCUUCAAUCAAUAUUCUCAACUUAGACAACAUGAUAUAACACACACUGGAGAGAAACCCUAUGAAUGUCAUUUAUGUGGGAAAGCCUUCAAUGAUUGUUCUGCUGUCAAACGACAUGAGAGAACUCACACUGGAAAGAAACCCUAUGAAUGUCAUACAUGUGGGAAAGCCUUCAAUGAUUGUUCUGCCCUCAAACAACAUGAUAGAACUCACACUGGAGAGAAACCCUAUCAAUGUCAUACAUGUGGGAAAGCCUUCAUUGUUUGUUCUGCCCUGAGACAACAUGAAAGAACACACAAUGGAGAGAAACCCUAUGAAUGUCAAACAUGUGGGAAAGCCUUCAUUGCUUUUUCUACCCUGAGACAACAUGAGAGAACACACACUGGAGAGAAACCUUAUGAAUGUAAUCUGUGUGGGAAAGCCUUCACACGACCUGCUAAUCUUCAACAUCAUGAGAGAACUCACACUGGAGAGAAACCCUAUGAAUGUAAUCUGUGUGGGAAAGCCUUCACACGACCUUCUAAUCUUCAACAACAUGAGAGAACUCACACUGGAGAGAAACCCUAUGAAUGUCCUAUAUGUGGGAAAGCCUUCAAUGUUUGUUCUACCCUCCAGCGACAUGAGAGAACUCACACUGGAGAGAAACCCUAUGAAUGUAAUCUGUGUAGGAAAGCCUUCACUCAACCUUCUAAUCUUCGACAACAUGAGAGAACACACACUGGAGAGAAACCCUAUAAAUGCUAUACAUGUGGGAAAGCCUUCAGUGAUUGUUCUAACCGCAGACGACAUGAGAGAACACACUAGAGAGAAUUCCUGUGAAUGCCAUAUAUUCAAUAAAGCCUUCAUUUGAUAUUUUCAUCUUAAACAACAUGAGAACACACAUGGGAGAGAAACCCUAUGAAUGUACGUGCAGUAAAGCCUUCAGUUGAUAUUCUCAUCUUAAACAACUUUAGAGAAUGCACACUGGAGAGAAACCCUAUGAAUGCCAUCUAUAUGGGAAAAUCUUCAGUUAAUAUUCUGAUCUUAGACAACAUGAAAGAACACACACCUGAAGAGAAACCUUAUGAAUGCCAUACAUGUGGAAAGGCCUUCAUUCAUUGUUCUAACCUGAGACAACAUGAGAGAACUUAGACUGGAGAGAAAACCCAUGAGUGUCAUCUAUGUAGGAAAGCUUUUGCUCAUAUUUCUGUCCUCAGGCAACAUGAGAGAAUGCCAAGUAGACAGAAGCCAUAAGAAUGACAUCUGUAUGGGAACACCUUAAUUUUUCUAAACUUAGGCAACAUGAAAUUAUUCAAACUUGAGAGGAAACCUAUGAAUGUCAUUAGUGUAGGGAAGCCUUCAGUCAGUAUUCUGACCUUAGAUGAAAUGAGAGAACUCACACUACACAUCUAGAAUAUGGAAGUGAUUUCAGCCAUAGUUUUAACCUUUAAACAUCAUGGAAUUCACAUACUGACUAGAUGCUGUGUAGUCAGUACUUAGUGCCUUUAGUCAUCAGUACUACUUCAGUUAAUAUAGGGAAACUUAUACAGAAAAGAACCCAUAUGAAUGGCAUCUUUGUAGCAAAGCCCUUAGUAGUUGGUCUGAUGAUCUGCCAUAUUAGAAAACACAAUAUACAUCUAAUGGAAGCUGAAAGUCCUCAUCUACCACUCUGAAAAGCAAGCCAGAGAAAUUACAUGUGAGGAAUUAUAUGUACUCAAUAUGGGAAUGCCUUAAUUUGUAAUUUAUCCUUUAAAUAAAAAGAGUAUACUCCAUA